AUGAAGAAGGCGUCCGCGGCGUCGCGCUACGCGGCCUACGACUCCCCGUCCCCGUCCCCUUCGCCGCGGCGCGCGGCGUCUUCCGCGGCCGCCGCGACCCCGGGAGGAGCGCACGGCAGCAGCCGCGCGUUGGUGGUCGCGGGGAGAUCCGGCCGCGAUCUACUGGGCGCCAAGCCGCAGCCGCAAGCCCACGGCAACCUGGGCUCCGUGCUACGGCGGCUCAUCUCCAUGGACAAGAAGCCGCCUUCCUCCAAGAACCAGCUCCCGGUCCCUCCUGCCGCCGCCGCCGCCUCAGCGAAGAACAACGGCGGCGGGAAGCUGCCGGGGCUGUCGCGGAAGCUGUUCCAGAAAGCCUCGUCCACCGAGGCGGCGGCGCCCAGGAAGACGAAGGCCCUGACGGACGUCAAGAACGGCGGCAACAACGCCAACACGCGGACGCUCGGCAUGGUGCUGCGCAGCGAGCGGGAGCUCCUGGCGCAGACCAAGGCGCAGGAGGACGAGAUCGCCGGCCUCCGCCUGCAGCUGGAGAACAAGGACAGGGAGGUGGAGCGGCUCAAGGACCUGUGCCUGCGGCAGCGGGAGGAGAUCAGGACGCUCAAAGACGCCGUCCUGUUCCCGGACGCGGAGCCGGAGCCGGAGCCCGACCGCCGCCUCCGGGACGAGAUCUCCACGCUCACCGACCAGAUCCAAUGCCUCGCGCAGGAGCUCGCCCAGGUUAAGGCUGAGAAGCACUCGGCAAGGUCGUGCUUUGACGAGGAUGGAUACUGCUCUUCCCCUAGGACGCCGGGGUUUAACGAGGAGACCUCUUUCUCUCUGGAGUGCAGCAUUGGGGAAGCUGAGACGCCGAACUAUGGCAGCCCAGAUGAAAUGUUCAGCAAGGAUCUUAAUCCUUGCCUGACACCAUGCAUUGCCAAGAGCAAAUCUGAUGUAUCCGCACAAUUCCAGUCUUCCUCCCAGUUCACAAAGGAAUCUAGCGGUUCCCAUCGCAGCAGCGGCAAGGGAAGAGGGGACCGCUCUUACAGUUCUUUUGGCAGGCCAAUGUCAAAGAGCUCCGAUCAUCACAAACCUACCUCAGGAACCAGCAACAAGCGACGAGUAUACAAAUCUGAUCAAGACAAAAUCAAUCAGAACCUGUUUUGA